CUCCUGGUUUUGAUCAGCCUGUAGUUUCUCACUAUUAGUGAGCUCUAGAAAGGAAAUGAGUGUACUUAGACCAGGCUUCAUGACGCUAGAGGAAAUGAGCCCCAUGAUACCAAACGUUAUUUCUUUUUGUUCCACAUCGGACUCCUUGAAACCAAAUUGUUUCCAAACGGCUGAAAUGGUUUUAUCUUCCUUGUGGACCAAAGGCUCACUUUCUGUCAUCUUGGCUCGAGCUAAACUAAAAAUGCCACAGCCUGGUGGGGAUCGAGUUUGGCCUUUUAGGGAGUGGUGAAAGUGCGCUGCUGUAUAAUAAUUUUAUCUCGAUUAUUUUGUUUUCAUCAUCGUCAGAUGCCAGAAUUGAAAUUGAAAUCGAAAAUUUGAUUAAUCACACAGCCCUAGUAUCCAGCUGACUUAUGUCCUUUUUUGGAAUAUAAAGAGUUAAAGAGAGUCGGCUCUCACCCACCUGUAGACUGUCAGCUGCUGGGGGCCUUGUAAAACGUCAGCUGUUUCUGUGAAGAGGGGUGUGUGUGUGCGUGUGUGCGUGUGUGUGUGUGUGUGUGUGUGUGUGUGUGUGUAUGAAGGAGCGGUAUGGAAUGGUAGGAAGGUAAUGGUGUAAGAGACUCCUUUGCUUGUGUGUGGGCCACUUCCCAACAACUCAUAACCAAUAAAAUGUGUUUAUUUAACACUAAAAAGCAGUUGGUUAUGCGCACCCUAACAGCCGGCAGCGUGGAGGUCAGCUAACUUCUACAAAACCUUUUAGUUCAAUCUCAGUGACUAGGUCAUUCCCGAUAAACUGGUAACAGCUUUCUCUGUUUUUACACAGAUUCUUGUUUUCCCCUUUUUAUUAAGCUAAUGUAAAUUUGUUAGAAGCAAAGCUGAAAUUGGGCAAAACAAAAAUUUUUCCUCAAUGCUUUUACUCAACAAUAAGUUGAUCUUUGUAAAUGUAUAAUGAAACAACUUUUUUGCAGUAUGGUGGGGUUUUUUUCCUGCUUUGCAUACAGGCUGGAAAUUUCAGUCCCACUUACAGAAAAAAUAGAGAACUGAAAGUCCUAUCAGUCCACUGCUUAGAAUAUCUCGCUAGCAGACUAACUAAUGCUGCUUGGAGUCAACUGACAGUCUAGAAACACAAAUAUGACUAUUACUCAAAACUAUUUAUUUUUUUAAAAAAAGUCCUAGUUGUUAAACAUGCUUAAAGAUUUCAAGCCCCAGGGAACAUAGUGUAGAACAUAAUAAUAUUUGUAUAAAACUAAACUUUAGUCGAUCUGAGUGCAGUCAAAGCGUCAUCCUAAUAUUCUAAUGAGCAUGCUUGAUUGACAUUCCUCUGCUCGAAACUGCCAGCCUCCUACGCCACUCAGUGAUGCAAGUGGGGAGAAUUGCGAUUGUUCAUCUCUACAUGUAUGAAUCUCCUGUCACAGCAGCCUAUGUUUGCUCAGGUUGCCAGUUUUCAUAACAGCACUGUGGGGAAAGACAACGAAAUCAGACAAAACCCCAAGAUUAGGCUGACCCAAUUAGCAUUGAAAACUGUACAUAAUUAUUCAUACUUUGUAAACAUGUAUUACGUACCCGUAAGACGAAAAUGAACCUAAUUCCCAGGUUUUCUUGAAGCUUAAAUUUUUUUUUUUCUUCGAGCAGAGGUUAUCUGUUAUAUCUUUCAUAGGCCACUUAUUUCCAGUGUGACACUGCAGUCAAAUCUGGCCAAAAAUAAAUAGCAAAUUAGGAGAGAGCAAUGUCAUGCUGCUUUUCCCGAAUGAGAUUUUCUUGAAAAUGAGCAUAACGUUGAUUAUUCUGAGGGCUGAUUUGUGUGAAAGCGAAUGAGCUCAUUUUCACGAUAGAUUCAUUGAUAUGUUCAUAUUUCUCAGACCAGACGGGGCUAGCGCAGCGCUGGAGCUGAAAUAUAAAUGUUAACCCUAAAGGCAUGAAUUAUCUUUAUCCUUUUGGUCUUGCCAAUUUUUCCCCCCCAUGAUAUUAUAUUUUCAGAAGCAUGAGAGCACAGCGCUCAUCCUCGGUAAGCCUUGCUUCUCUACAGGCGUGCUGUGCCACACCGGCCUGUGUACAACCAACAUGUUGCCCGGAAGAGAAGCAAAGGCAAUCACACACACAGAUCCCCUUAUUAGGCUCGGCGCCAGCACUGUGUGCAAAACAUUGAGCACUUCACUUAUCAGAAGAGAGGGAGAGAAUGUUGAGAGAUAGAGAGACAGACACGGAGAGAGAGUAGCGAGAGUGAGAGACCGAGAAAGAGAGAGAGAGUGAGAGAGAGAGGAAAUAGGACCAGACUCGUUAUCAGUGAUGUUUGUUAUGCUUGUUAUUGUGACUUCAGAGUUUUGGCUCACUGCUCUUGUGUUUUAGACCUCUCUUGUUUGUUUAUUUCCACCACUGGCAAAUUCUCCUCCCCCUUUUUAUAGAUUUUAAUAGCAUUCAUAUAGUUUAUAGAAUACAAGUUAUGCUAUAUACAAAAUAGUUUGUAUACUGUUCACUUUAACCCUUUCUCACAUUUUAUGCUAGUAGAAACUGUGCUCUUUUGAAAAUGCACUGACCCAACUAUUAAACAAAAGUCGUGGCCUCCGAAUUCCCAUACCCCAAAAGCCUGUAGAGACUGCAAGGUCAGAGAAGGUCAAAGCUUGUGUGUGUCCCUCUUUGGGAAGCAUUUGUGCACUGUACAUGCACUUCAGCUCCACAUGGUUAUACUAUGAGCUGCCUAGUAUGUGAAAGUUCUCUUUCAGGGUUCACAACUGUUAAAUGUGUAAAGCCCUAAAGUGUAUACAUGUAUACAGUGUAGAGAGAGCUUUGAGGGUGCAUACCUCUGCUUACUGCUGUUUAUACCACAAUGCUGUUGAAUUUUCAAAUCUGAUUAUUCAGAAGAGGUUGAUAUAAUUUUCCAUAACUGCAAUUAAGUUUCUAUAAGCUGCAAUUCAAAUCCUUUUCAUGAAUUUAUAUUAAUGUGUUCUUUCUAGUACAUUAUCUUUUCUAUAGUAACAGCUCAUUUAAAGGUACUUGUAUGUUGGAAGAUGUACAUCUGCUAGAUCGAUAAAAGAUAAUAGAUAGAUUUUUUUAAAACUGUUAUUUAACAAAGAAAAAUAUAAUUGUUGAUAUGGCUGGCUGUUUGUUUAACACUUAUGGAAAGAGUCUUAAGUGUACGUUUUCUGUCAUUUGCAAGUCUUCAGGACAGAGGAGUUUGCACUUUAAUUAUUACUAUAACAAGCCGUAUUUUUUUAUUAUUAUUAUUAACUUCAAGAAGGAAAAAAGUGCGGCUGGUGAGAGGAUGAGUAUGUUUAUAGCUGUUAUAAUGUAAGUGAUAGCAGGAACUAACUGGUCACUUGAAUGUGUCACAAUGUUAAAUGCAACUAUAAACUGCUGAAAAUCGUGACCUCAUUUGUUAAUAAAUUUGAAACGUUUUAAUUGUUCACAAAAGUCUGUGGUUUGGUAAGUGGAAUAAAACUGCUGUUACUGGAAAAUAAACCACUUUGGGGUGAUAAUAGGGUGAUGCACAUAGCAAUUGUAAAGCAGCGGCUAUAUUUCAGUGGCUUUUUGAGAUACAGUUCAUUUAAGACUAGUAGUUGUGGUGUUAAAGCCCCUAAUGUGUGAGGGGGAGCUGGAACAAAAGGUGAGUAGGCAGCUGCAUCUAGCAUGGCUACACACACACACACACACACACACAUAUAUAUAUAUAAGAAAACUUAUAGGCAAGGGAAAUGAGGAUCUGACUAACAGCUUUACUACAAACCCCACAGUAACACCCAGCCUCCCUGUCUGUUACCAGCGUGGACGCUGAUGUAUUGGAGGCAGUUGUUGAAGGCAUAUAAGGACAGAGGGUGAGGGGAGGGUGGGUUGAGUGAGAGGAGAGCUGAUCGAGGUCCCACCAUUACAGGGUCACUGCUGGACAAGUCACUUCUGUCAGACAGGCACAGCACACAGGACACACCAUACUCUAUUCCUAUAAGGAUAUUGGUCAUGAGUGAACACGUGGAACUGUAACCAUUGAAGAAGGUCCAUAACUCAUCAUCAUCAUCAUAAUCAUCUUCAUCUCCAUCAUCAUCUGAUUUUUUUUCCGAGUGGGAUUGGAACACAGUACAGACCCAGAGCGGAUGAUUACAGCCUGAGCACGCCGUGAACCGAAGGCUCUGCCAGGAGGCCUCGCUCCUUCCUUACUUACAUACUCCUUUUUUUUUCACUGUGGGGGAAGAGUCACGAGCCCAGCUGCUUCAGACAGGUGGGACAGGGAGAGUGAGGGACAGUGUGUGGGCGAGAGAAAGACAGGCGCCUAGUUGCCAUUUGCGGUCCUGUACACGCAUCAAGACGGCCACAACCUUUGCCAUCUGAUCUCAUCACGAGCUCCACCCUGCCCCCACCACAACCCAGCCAAUCACAGCAGACAUGGGGAGGAAAAAGAUCCAGAUCCAGCGAAUCACAGAUGAACGGAACAGACAGGUGACGUUCACCAAGCGCAAGUUUGGCCUGAUGAAAAAGGCCUACGAGCUGAGUGUGUUGUGUGACUGUGAGAUUGCCCUCAUCAUCUUCAACCACUCCAACAAGCUGUUUCAGUACGCCAGCACCGACAUGGACAAAGUGCUGCUCAAGUACACAGAAUACAACGAGCCUCAUGAAAGCAGGACCAAUGCAGACAUCAUAGAGGCUCUGAACAAGAAAGAGCACCGGGAUUCGGAAAGCCCGGACCCUGAGGAACCCUUCUCGCUCACACCUCGCACUGAGGAGAAGUACAAAAAGAUAGACGAGGAGUUUGAUAAAAUGAUGCAGAGCUAUAGACUGUCAUCUACAGUGCCAGCGCCCACUUUCUCCAUGCCAGUCACAGUGCCCGUGUCCAGUCAGAGUCCUCUGCCCUUCAGCAAUCCCAGCAGCCUUGUUACCACUUCCUUCGUCACCUCCACGCUCACAGACCCUCGCCUGCUGUCACCACAGCAACCACAGCUCCAGAGGAACACAGUGUCUCCUGGUCUGCCACAGAGACCAGCCAGUGCAGGUGCUCUUCUAGGAGGUGACCUGAAUAACUCAAAUGGGGCAUGCCCAAGCCCAGUGGCGAACGGCUACAUCAGUGCCAGGGCCUCCCCAGGCCUCCUCUCCGUCUCCAGUGUCUCAAAUGGUAAUAGCAUGGGGAAAGUAGUCACAGCCAAAUCCCCCCCUCCAUCCAGCCCUCAGAUGGUGAGCAAUCGUAAGCCGGACCUCCGCGUCAUCACCUCUCAAAGCAGCAAGAGCCUCAUGCAGCUGACAGAUGAGGAGCUGGAGUUGGUGACUGAGAAUGCUCAACGGUUAGGUGCCUCCCAGGUGACCCAGCCUCUGACUACUCCAGUGGUUUCCGUGGCAACGCCCAGUCUCCUGACCCCAUUCUCUAUGCCAACUGCCUACAACACAGAGUAUCAGCUGACGAGUGCAGAUCUCACAGCCCUUCAGGCUUUCACGCCACAGGGUGCACUGUUGCCGAGUAACAUGACCACUUGGCAACAGCAGCAGCCAUCAGUAUCACAGCAACCGCAGCAGCAGCCAUCCAUAUCCCAGCAACAGCAGCAGCAACCACAACAGAUCAGUCUGGCCUCACUCAGCAACCUUGUCAUGUGGGGUGCAGACAAACAGAACGGGGAGAUGGCUAACUGCAUCUCCGGUCUGGCCGCUAAUGUCAGUGUGACCUCUCAGGCCAGCUUACUCUUGGGCAGGGAGGAUGGGCUCAGCUGGCCAGUGGGUCCCAUCCCUCACGGUGCCACUCUGACGGUGAACACUAACCCGAGCGUGAGCAUUAAGUCAGAGCCAGUGUCUCCUAACCGCGAGCGAACUACCCCAAGCUCCACGGCAGCUCUCAGCUUGUCCCAGUACCCAGGGACCGUGCGGGUAGACGCCUUGGGGCACUCGCCACUCCAUACCAUCAGCAGCAGCAGUAACAGCAGCGAGCGAGAUGAGACAGGCCAACCACGGCCUCCAGAUUUCAGUGUGGCUGCACUGGGGCCAAUCAGAGCAACAGGAGAUCAAAUGGCCUUUGCAGAGUCACAGCAAAGCGCUAAUGCCAAACGCAUGAGACUGGAUACCUGAGUCACAUAAAAGCAACAAGCAAGAGCCACCCUCUGUCUCACACACACACACAUAUACAGACCACACACACGCAUUUCACCUCCCUCUGACACACAGUUUCAUCUGCAACCAAGACACAUGCAUGCAACUCACUCUUUCCUUGGCCUUUUUCUGUUUUUUCUCUCUAACACACACACACACACACACACACACACACACACACACACACACACACACACACACAGUGCAUAUAUGUACACAUACAUGCAAGAUAGUCAUGGACAGAGGUGCCAACGCAGGUGCACAUUCAAGCCUGACCUGUUCUGGACAGGUGUAGGAUGGGACAUUUUUUUUGUUUCUACAGAGCAGAGAAGAAAAAAAAAGCCAGCUUCACUGACCUCUGAUCAGUCUUUAUUGUCCUCAGCCCUAUCUCCACACUGACACACUUUACUUUCUGAUCCAAGUCUGGCUAACCCGCUAGACAGCCAAACACAAGCUGUUCAUCAUGGGGUGUAGAUUAGCCUCUCAGAGACUGAUAUCCAGGGCAUGUUAUUGUUGUUUGAGGUUUAUCCCUUUUGUUUUCUUUCUUUUGUGUGUGUGUGUGUGUGUGUGUGUGUGUGAAGGCUUGUUUUUGAUGUUUAUUUUUUUACAGCUGUUCUCUCCUCUCAUGGUACUUUCUUCUUCUUCUAUCGACUAUCAUGCUCAAACAGCUGUAGUACUGACUUAUGAGAUAUUUGAUAAUAUUGCGUUUUAAUCAUCAGUCAGGAUCUUUGUCUUGGAAAUGCAAAAGGAUGAAUCUCUCAUGUACAGCUGACCUAAUCAAGGUUUAAAAAUAUUUCAGGGACGGACUACGGUGACUCAUGAGGUGAACUCAGCCGCACCAUCUCUUAACGAACGUAGAGCUGCAGACAGACUGACAGUAAUAAUAUUUUUGUGUGUGUGUGUGUGUGUGUGUGUGCGUACGCAGUGUGACAGAGAUGAUGUGGCAGUGACCGGUAAACAACCAAGUGCUCAGUUCGGUCACGGUUUCAGAGUUUGUUUCCUGCUUUUCCUCUCUGCUAACUUGCGUCAAAUCUCUCAGCGGUGCACCUCGACAUGAACAGCUCAUUAGGGCCUCUCUUCAUUUGCAGGAGAGAAGACCGGAUUGUUUUUUUUUUUUUCCACUUUCUUCACUUUUGUACACACAAGUACGUAUGUUUGUACCGUACGUAUGGUGUAGUGGAAAUGUAGCCCUAUUUGUACGAUUUGAACUCAAGUCCUGAUAUUAAAUACAAAUGUAUACACGUUGCUCAGCUGAACACUCUGUCUUAAAGAGUGGGUGGCUGUAUUAGUCACUACCGCUAGUUUAUGUGAGAAGCAACCUAAAACUCUGUAUUUAUUACUUGUAUGUCUGGCUUUGCGAUUCAGAUGUUUGUUAGUUCACUUAUGAAGCAAGAUUUUCUUAAACUGUCGUUUUAAGAACCCAGAUGAGUUUAGAAGCGAUCUGAGCUCAGGGUUGCGGGUUUCUAGGCUUUCAGAGCAUGUAAAUAUCCAGUUUUCCCUCCUCCUUGUUUCUGCCCAGGCUCUUGUGUAACGAAAGGAGAGGAUCGGAGGCAGAAGGGGGGUUUCUAGAACUCUCAGCACAUGGGCAUGAGGAUUGUAGAACUGGAGAGGAGUGUAGCUUUGUGGUGAAGCUGAGGAGAAGCCAGGUGAGGGGGGACUGUACAUAGAGAACUGUGUAUGAUCAUACACAUUGUGCUGGAUCUGCCUAAAGCAGAGCUGUAACUCUCAGUGGACAUGUCUUUCUAUUUCUAUGUGUAAAUAAAUUACCGUGUUGCGAGCGAGCCUAGUAGAGAUGCAGCAGGGGGCACAGACAUGGGUAUGACUGUUUCAGGAUCGAUGCGUUGGGUUUUUUUUUUGUUUGUUUGGUUUUGUUUUGUUUUUUUCUGUAAUUGAUAUUCUGAUGGAGUGCACUUUAAAUCAACCCCCACCAUCCCUAAUACACAAACCCUUCACCCUCUUUACUAGCCGGCUGUUUUUCAUAAGAGGGGAUGUUUUCUCUUUUAUUCUAAUCCCAGCCACUUCCCUCCAUGUGCACACAAUUAAGAGAAUACACACACACACACUGCAUUGCCCUCCUCACUUUUUUUGUGUCACGCCGCUGCUUUCAUUUCCUUUUCCUUCAUACUGGCUUGUCCACCUGGCUUUCAGUUUCACACAGUAUCUGCAGGACUGUCCCUACUGGUCUAUAUAAAGACAAUUCCUUAAACAUACACACUUCAUCCCUCCUCGCAGAAACAGCGUGUGCCGUUCAGGGAAGAAGAGCUCAUGUUUGUUGCCCCACAUGUCAUGCCUCGUUUUUUGAUGGUGAACAAUUAUUAAAGACAACCGUCACCUUUUGUAAAAAGACGUUGUACUUAUAAACAUAAUAGAUUAGACUUAUCUCGACAUGUGUUGCAAAUGUGCAAUUCUCAAAAUGCAAAAAAAAAGAGAUGUCUAUUAUUGAAACAAUAAUGUACACAAAUUGUUUUAUGGUCAUUAGUGUAGUGAAUAAUAGAGUGAAUAGAAUGAAGGAUGUUUCAUUAUUGAUCAUGAAGAAUAGGACGAGCAGCAAUCUCUGUUCAGAGACUGUGAACAGAAUGGUUUUUUAAUUAUUUUAAACAGUGCUGUACGUGUAUCGGUAUCCCAAAUCUGUAGUCGCUAUCUGUCAUUUCCCUCAAAUGCUUAAAAAAAAGAGCGAUUCGUUGUGGCAUAUCUAAUGAGAUGAAGUAUUGAUGAUAAGAGUACAGUCUUGUUCCAUAAAUCAGGAGUCACCCUGAAGUGUAUCAGAGGUUGGUUAUUUUGGCUAAAUAUUGUGUGUAUGUAUGUAUGUAUAUAUAUGUGUAUAUAUAUAUAUAUAUAUAUAUAUAUAUAUAUAUAUAUAUAUAUAUAUAUAUAUAUAUAUGCUCAGGUGAGAUCUGCCUUGCAUCAGUCCCUCCGUCUUGGCAGCUGAUUUCUUUCUUUAUUUAUUUUUUUUAUUUUUUAUUUUUUUUCCUCGCCACCUCCUCCUUCCAUUUCCCAGCGUCUCUUGCUCCCUUUCUCUUACUGUCCUUCUCUCUUUUGUUUGGCAAGCGGCCAUCUCACCUAAACCAUCACAACCAAUAACUCAUAACUCCUAGCCAAGAACACACACACACACACACACACACACACACACACACACACACACACACACACAUACACACACACUCGCCUAGUACCACCUCGGGUCUGCACAUUGGAACACCUGUAGAAUUUAAGCCUGAGCUUUGAACAAAUUCACAGAUUUCUGAACAUUUUCUUGAGGUGUGAGAAGUACGCAAGCUCUGAUAUGGAUCUUUUGGUAAUGGUAAGAGUCAUUGUAUUCAAAAGGAAAGACAAUCGUCACGUGAAUAGUUAACUUUCACCCCAAUAUCCCCCAUGUAUGAUGUUUAGAGAAGCUAAAUUUUUCUAGUGUUAAUUUGUGCUGGUGACAGUUCUAUUGUCUGUUUUUUAUUAUAAUUGUUAUAAUGGUUCUCAUUACCAUUGUUGUUAUCAUCUUCGAUGGUAAUAAUAAUGAUAAUUGAAAGAUUUUUAUGUUCUGCAUUUUUUUGUGUAGGGUAGGUACUUAUUUUAUUUGAAUUUGACUUUAUUUUAUUAUAUAUGAAAUACUAUAUAAAUAUCUUUGUUUUCAGGUUUUUUGAUUUUUGUUGUUUUAUUUUUAUUUUUCUUCAAAGGGGUGUUGCACGAUUUAUUAAGACAAAACCGUCAGUAGUGAUAUUAGUACUUAUUGGUAACUGAGGGAAGUGAUAAACAAGCUGAUAGAGUGACCAGUCAAAUGCUGCAAUUUUUAGUCAAUUGUACAAAACUGUCUCUACACAUAGAAGAGUAGGGAUAGCCACUCAUUUAAUUUAUUCAGAUCAGACACAGAUGUCAAUGCAUGGGCGUAAAAACAAGCAAAGAAUGAGUCAUAUAAUAACAACUGAAAUGUAAUUUCAUUAAGAAUAUACACCACACACAACUAGAAUAGAAAUUGAAGAAAAAAGUUUAAAGAAAAAUAGCUAAUAUAUUGUGUUCUGCUAGUAUGCUUUGAGUUUUGUUGUAAACAAAAGAUAUUUUCUGUUGUUUUCGGAGAAUGAUAUACAAUUUGUGUAUAUUUUCAUAAACAAGGUAUGCACUGAUAUGUUAUUACAAAUUAUAUACUGCUUUUACAAAAAAGUGUUUGUUAUUGUACCAAAGUAUCCAUUUGUCCUUUAUGACCUUCCUCCUCCCCCCUUUUGCGUAUGUUUUACUGUAUUUUAUAUAUUAAAUAGACAAGUUGACCUACAAAGAAGUUCAGGUCUGAUUUUCA